AUGGCUGUCACGAAGUCUAACAAGGUGGUUGGCGCUGGUGCGUCGAAGGGUGCUGCUGCCAAGGGCAACAACUUCUUCAUCGACUUCUCCGGUCCCGCCAGCGACGGUGUCCUGGACGCCGACGCUUUCGAGAAGUUCCUCCACGACCGCAUCAAGGUGGACGGCAAGGCCGGCCAGCUCGGUGACGUUGUGCAGAUCACCCGCGAGGGUGAGGGCAAGAUCUGGGUCAAGACCACGAUCCCCUUCUCGAAGCGCUACCUCAAGUACCUGACCAAGAAGUUCCUCAAGCGCGCCGAGCUCCGUGACUGGCUCCGUGUGGUCGCCACGUCCAAGCCUGGCUUUGAGAUCAAGUUCUUCAACGUCUCGUACGACCAGGAGGAGGAGGAGGCCGACGAGGAGUAA